AUGCGUCUCUCUGCGGUAGUUGGACUAUUGUCUACUAUUUCUGUUGUCUUAGCCUCUGAUCAUAGGCAAAAUCAGCGAUAUCAUGAGACACACAAGCGUUCUCCGGAUAAUAAGACUACCACUGCCAAUAACCCCAACUAUGACUAUGUUGUCGUUGGCUCCGGGCCUGGAGGUGGUCCUCUAGCAGCACGAUUGGCUAUUGCUGGAUACAAAGUCCUUUUGCUGGAUGCAGGAGACGAUCAGGGAAAUGCCACCCAGCAAAUUGUCCCUGCUCUGCAGCUUCAGUCUACCGAAUAUGAGCCAAUGAGAUGGGAUUAUUUCGUCAAUCACUACUCGAACUUGACCCGUCAGGAACAAGACACAAAAAUGACUUACCGGACACCUGCUGGUGAACUCCAUGUUGGAAGCAAUGCGCCCAAUGGCUCCGAGCCUUUGGGGAUUUUGUAUCCUCGAGCCGGUACUUUGGGUGGGUGCUCUGCCCACAAUGCCAUGAUCACCAUCUACCCGUACGAAAAUGACUGGGAGCAGAUGGCAAGUCUCACUGGCAAUGAUUCAUGGUCUGCCAAGAACAUGCGUCAAUACUUCCAACGACUAGAACGCAACCGAUACGCCCCGAGUAGCUUGAUAGGCCACGGAUUUGACGGGUGGCUUACCACGAGUCUGACAGACUUGCGCCUCGUGAUCGAAGAUCAAAAGCUUCUUUCUUUGAUUCUGGCCGGAGCCACUGCUGCGGGCAAAACACUGAUAGGCAAAUUGAUCACCACGGUCGCUGGUCUUGCAGGAGUCCUUCUGCGUGAUCUGAACAACAACCUUCCCUUCCGUGACUAUGAAGAAGGCCCCUAUCAGGUGCCUCUCGCUGUGGAUGUCCCUGAGUACAAACGGACAGGCCCCCGGGAAUUCCUCAUGAAGACAGUGAACGCUGUGAACGACGAUGGAUCGCGCAAAUAUCACCUUGAUAUCCAGCUAGACACUCUGGUAACUAACGUCCGUUUCGAUACUACUGGAGCCAAGCCGCGGGCAACUGGAGUUGACUACCUUCGGGGAAAGAGCCUCUAUCGUGCCGACCCCCGCGCCUCUCAGACAGGUUCCGGUGGAAAACAGGGGAGGGUGAGUGCUGCUCGUGAAGUGAUCUUGUCUGCUGGCUCAUUCAACACUCCACAGCUGCUCAAGCUGAGCGGUAUUGGUCCCAAGCAGGAGUUGUCCAAAUUCGGAAUUCCCACGCUGGUGGAUCUUCCCGGUGUCGGCCGCAACCUCCAGGACCGAUACGAGAUGGGCACAGUGGGCAAAUCGCCAACCGAUUUCGUCCUGACUUCCAAAUGCACCUUCAUGUAUACCCUUCCCGACCCUUGUCUGGAGCAGUAUGAACAUAAUCCCUUGUUCAAGGGCACAUAUACCACCAACGGAAUCGCCAUCGCCAUUAUUCGCAAGUCGUCUGUCGCAGAGGAUGAGCCCGAUCUUUUGAUUUCGGGCGCGCCUGUCAACUUCCCUGGCUAUUAUCCCAAUUACUCUUAUGAUGGUCUCAAGGACGCCCAGCACUGGACCUGGAUUACCUUGAAGUCGCGCAGUCGCAACAACGCUGGUACUGUUGAGCUACGGUCUACCGACCCGCGGGACAUGCCCUCUAUCAACUUCAACUCGUUCGAUGCUGGUGUGACCACCGAUGGGGCCGAUGACAAAGACCUGCAGGCUGUUUAUGAAGCCAUGCAGUUCUCUCGCACUAUUUUUGAAGAUCUUAUCCCCCUUGAUGGCGGGUUUGAAGAAGUCUGGCCCGGGCCUAAUGUCACUACCGAGACGGAGAUGAAGGACUUCAUCAAGCAAGAAGCUUGGGGUCAUCAUGCCUGUUGCACUGCCGCUAUUGGAGAAGAUAAUGACCCCCAGGCUGUGUUGGAUGCUGACUUCCGUGUUCGUGGAGUCGACGGCCUGCGUGUUGUGGAUGCUUCGGUCUUUCCCAAAAUUCCCGGUUACUAUAUCGCUCUGCCCAUUUAUAUGAUCAGUGAGAAGGCCGCUGAGGUUAUCAUUGCGGAUGCUGUAUAA